AUGAGUUCUUCGAAUGAAUUGGAAGAUUUCGAGGCAUUGCUUGAAGAGAAUUUUAACGUAUUUCAGUUCUGCAAUGAUCUUUUGAAGGCUACCAAUCGCAAUUUGGAAAGUACAGAAUUGGAUUUCAAAACUCCAAUGAAGAAAGUCAGUUACGACUUAAAUGAAGUUAACAAAAGGAUUAAUAACAUUGUUAAAAGCAACCCAUCACAUAUAAUUAAGCAAAUGGAUGAGCACAAGAUGUCUCACGAAUUGGUUCAUAAAUCCUUGAAACCAAGUCUCGAAUAUUUGGACAUGUCAUAUGAUCGACUAAAUGACGAAAUCAUAAAACCGUAUGAACAUGCUUUGCGCGUACAAUCAGCCUUGAGCAAGAUUCACCAGACUUCCAGUAUUCUCAGAGAUGCACUCAUAUUUCUACAUUUGAUGCGUCAAAUUACAGAUGCCUCGCCAUUGGUAGAAAAUGAUUUCAGUACAUUUCAAAACGCUUUGAAGCUGGCCUCACUUCAUUCACAGAUUCAGAAAAAUCUCAGUGGGAAUGCCAAUUUAAGGUCGUUGCGUUUAAUAAAGAAAUAUGAUGCGGAGGUGAUCUCCGUAAACCGCCAACAAACACUAAGAUAUAUUUCAGAUGCCUUCACUAAAGAGUGUCUCAAUAAUUAUAGAAUCAAAAACAAUCCAGAGAACAUUGAAGUACUGGGUAAUGCUCUAUUUACACUUUCGCAAAGGGAUUAUAUUAGUUCACUAGAUAGAGCUAUCAUAUCUAAGGCCCUAUCCACGAAUCAAGUGCUUGGAAAGACAAUAACAUCCAUUAGAAGCUUUUCCACUGCUAUGGAGGAUGCAUCUAAAAAUGGUGAAUGUAUUCUUCAUUUGGAAGAAUCUUUACGGCGUGUGCCAGUCAAAAAUUCUAACUUAAUGCAACUAUAUCUAUCUCAUAAAAAAGAAUCAUCUCUUACUGAGAUAUUUUGGUCAAGAGUCUCUAGAAGUUUCAAAAAAGAUUUUGAGAUUUCAUUCAAUCGAGGGGGACCUGUUGGGAAAUCUUUAUUAAACAACGCUCAACAAAUAACCAAUGAUAUCAAGAAAAACAUGGCGAAUUUGGGUGGAGACGACAAUGGUAACAACUUGAGAAUAAUGUUACAAGCUGUUUCUAUACUAGAUCGACAAAAUAGAAAUUAG